AUGUCGUCGCGGACGCGUUGUUGCGUCAAGACAGUCGACAUCAACCGGGUUGAUGUCGCUCGGACUUACACGCCGUCCUCGUCCUUGUUGGACGAGGUGAAGGCCGCGUAUGCGCAUGACGCAGACGCGAAGCUGCUGAUCGAGUUCCUCUCAGCUCCUUCCGACAAAGCAUGUCGGAACCUACGUCUCACUCGCAGACUCCUCUGCACCCACUACCGACUCCGUCGGAGUGUUGGUAAUCCAUCUCGAUGGACUUCGUGUUUGGUCUUCCGCGCGAUUCCAGGCACCGUACAGACAGCACGUCUGUUCGUCGACAUGGUGUUCAAACACCAUGGUAUGCCCAACGACUUUGUGUCGGACCGCGAUCCGCGCUUCACAGCGCGGUUCUGGCAAGAAGUGUUCACACUUCUUGGAACGCAAUUCUCUAUGUCGACUGCGGACCAUCCGCAGACGGACGGACAAACCGAGCGCGUGAAUCGCGUGCUCGUAGACUUGCAUACUGCGGAUCACCCGCAGACGGACGGGCAAACCGAGCGCGUGAAUUGCUUGCUCGUAGACUUGCUGAAAAGCUACGCCCAGUCGUUCCACAACUGGAGCGACUACUUGCCGAUGGCCGAGUUCGCCAUCAACAACGCGGCGAUACCUGCCGCGACCAAAGACAAUGUGUCUGUGCGAGGUACAGACACCGAGAAGAUUCACGCACAGGCUGGGCCUGAUGCUAUCACACCCGAAGUGUCAGUGCCGGGCGCUGACAUCCCAAAGAGCCACGCACAGUCAGGGACUGAUGCGACUACAAGUGGCGAGUCUGUUCAGGGCACAGACGCGGACUAG